CUUCGUAUGAGCCGUGUGUCGCUGCCGGUCUCUCCCCGCGCCCCGCGCCGCCGUCGACUCUCGCCCGCAUUCUAGUUGUGGGUGUCGCGCCGUGCAGUCCUCGCGCCCGCGUGUGCCGCCGUUUGUGAGUGUUUUAAGUUCCCGCUCGAGUGUCUGUGUGACGAAGGAUCCUGUACUUCGCCGCGGAGGAUGUUAACAGCGCACGAUAGCAGCUGUUGACGUCUGAAGUAGCAGCCAGCAGUUGGCCACUUUCGCUUUCGCCCCGCUCCCCGUACCCCCUCCAAGAUUGCUGCCACCAUGGGUCGGAAGAAAAUACAAAUAUCCAGGAUCACAGACGAACGGAAUCGACAGGUGACGUUCAACAAACGCAAGUUCGGUGUGAUGAAGAAGGCGUACGAGCUGAGCGUGUUGUGUGACUGCGAGAUUGCACUCAUCAUCUUUAGCUCCAACAACAAACUGUACCAAUAUGCCAGCACCGAUAUGGACAAGGUUCUUCUUAAAUACACGGAGUACAACGAACCCCACGAGUCGCUGACGAAUCGCAACAUCAUCGAGGCCCUAACGAAGAAAGAGCAUAAGAACGGAGUGAUGUCACCGGACAGCCCUGAAGCCGAACCGGAAUACAGCCUGACACCACGAACCGAGGCCAAGUACUCAAAGAUCGAUGAGGAAUUCCAAAUGAUGAUGCAAAGGAACCAGUUGAACGGAAGCAGAGUCGGUGUUGGUGUGGCUGGAAGUAACUACAAUCUGCCUGUGAGCGUGCCGGUGGGGAGUUACGAUCAGUCGUUGUUGCAAGCUAGUCCACAAAUGCAUACCUCUAUCAGUCCACGGCCUUCGUCUUCGGAAACCGAUUCAGUAUACCCAAGUGGCGGAAUGCUAGAGAUGUCGAACGGCUAUCCAGGCCCGGGAUCUCCUCUAGGGGCGGGCUGUACACCGUCUCCGUCACCAGGACCCGCUCCGUCUCCUCACCGACACCCGCAUAAGUCUCAUCACGCACCGCCGCCACACCACUCGCCUCGACAUAAUAACUUACGCGUCGUUAUACCAAGUUCCAUGCCACCACCGCAAGACGAUUUAUCGUAUACCGGAGAACCUCCACUAAGCUACUCAGGACUUGGCAACUUCGGACCGCAAGACUUCAGCAUGAGCUCGGACAUAGGAAUCGGACUAUCGUGGGGCGCGCAUCAACUGCAAACUCUACAGCACAACAGGUACAUUAGCAGCUUGCCAGUGCUAGGAGGGGGCGGGACACCACCGCCGGCUGCGUCUCCCAGCAAUGUGAAGAUCAAAGCCGAACCCGUCUCUCCUCCACGUGCCCCUGAUCAUAUGCAUCGCGGCCCACAGCAGCAGUCCGCGCCGCAGCCCGCACACCUAUCUGGAGUCAUUGAUGGUUCAGUAACAUCAAGUAACAUGGGCUCGCCGGCCGGGCAAGACAUGAGGCACACCAACGUUCCUCUAGACUAUGAGCAGCCCCAUACGAAACGGCCGCGGAUCGAGGGAUGGGCCACAUAGCUAGGCUAUGAGGCCUUCGGGUCCUACCCGAGGCCCCUACAUCCGCACUGCUAAAUCUACUCCAGGCCCCAGGUCAAACGGCUGCGACCUAUCGAGCUUCGAUACAAUUCGGUACAUACCGUCCUCUCGGUUACCCUUGAAGGUGCAAUCCUCACCGGGACAGUGCUAACGUCGACCAAAAGUCUGAUAAGGAAAGGUGCAUCUGUAUUGGUGCUGAUAUUUUGAGAUGGCACGGUCUUUCUGGUGCGACGACACCUUACUUCUCAAUUGCGAGAAUUUCAAACACCCACAAAGGGUGAAGUAGCUGCAAGUCUUUGUGUUGAUUUCAAAAGGAAUCACAUUAUUAAAAGUUCAAGUACACACUACCCUUCUAUUAUACGUAAUUGUAAUAUGCACUGCAAGAACACUAAAGAUUAAGAUUGAAUGUUAAACUUAAGUACAAUAUUUGCUGCAACCCUGAUCAAUUUUGAACAUAAGUAACUACUUAUAGAUAGAUUUCUAAUUCCCUUGUACAUAGACGAUAAUAAAUGUGCAAUCCGUGCCAUUGUCUGUUUAGCUUAAAGUUAGUCAAUUUAACAUAGUGACUGUUGUUAUGGAUCCCGAGCGAGCUGUAAAAGAAAACAUAAGUUAAUCUGAAGUUCAAGUGACUAUACCUAAGCGGUCGAAUGGAGUUGCGUAGUGCGUGAAAAAGGACUUUGGUUAUCAAAGAGUGAAGUGCAUUGAAGACUAAAUAUGAACUGUUGACUUUUGUGUUAGUGUUAAAGUUUUUGUGCCAUUUUAAAAAUAUAAUAAUAGUGUGACAUCCGAACUUUGAAUCUUUGUAAAUUAAGUAAGCGUAGUGUCAUCACGGAAGAUAAUAAAUUAUGUAUUGUAAAACUUUAUCUAUUAACAUAUUUAUACAUGGAAAUCAUAUGAUAUUUACAUAUUAUGUAUACACGUCCCGUUAGGAACGAAUGUUUUGUAAGUAAAGUAGGUAAUGUUAGCUAGAAAUGAGUAUAUAAAGGUACCACACGAAGCUUUAAAAUUUCUUAUGAUAACACUCGCACUCUAAGCAGUCCUGUAAGUGUACAAUCACACCUUUAUUAUAAUGAAUUAGAGCUCCCGACUAUGACGUCGUUUUAACGUAAUUGAUGUAAUGCAUUGACACGUGUACAACUUUUAUAAUAAUAGUCUCAGCAGCUAUUUAAUUUUUUUCAGUGAAACAAAUUAUCGUAAAGUACCCAUAGUAUUUUUUUCCAAAAUGUCGAUCAAAGAGUUUUUAUGCGGGCGUUCCUCGUUUGCAGACCAAAUAUGGAGUCAAUUUUGAAUAUCAUACGUAUUACGUGUUAAGUGUUAAGAUAAAAAUUAGUUGCUAAAUGGGUAAUGAAAGAACAAGUAUAUUGGUAGUCCUUUUUAUUUUGUUAAUGUGAUUCGAAGACGAAUCCUUUAACACUUUACUUUAGGAUAGUCGUAGACGCAACAGCAAACAACGUAAAUGUGUACCUAUGUAUCUAGUAAGUAACCUCAGCUUUAAGCACACGUACAGAAUAAAUAUAUUCCAUAUUCAAUUAUCAUUUUUGGUAAAAGCACUAUCACAAUCCGCCCUAUUUUUGGAAAUGUGUGUAUAAACAAGAGUAUAUUUAUCGUUGUCCUCCUCAUAUACUUAAUUUGAUUUCUUAUCACCUUUCAAUACUGCAUAUGUUUCUGUUUCAGCUGUAUUACUAUUGUCUAGACGUUCCCUUCCAUCAGUCUGUCCUCUCAUAUCGUCUCACUGUAGAUGCCUUACUCACAGUGCCUAAAUGUAACCAUUUUUUACCAAAAUUUGUACUAUACGAUGGCAUUUGUGCAUCAAUAUUUUUCACAUCCAGGUAAUUUUAAGAAUUGUUAAAUUUAUGACCGUAGAACUGUCACUCAGAAGCUUAUUGUAUUAAAAAAUAUUGCAUAAUAAUGUGUCUAUCUGUAGAUUAAAGAUAAUAAUGUUAACCUUCAGCUAAAUGUCUUGACAGUGAAACUGUUGAAAAUGUUUGUGAUUGUAUCUGUUUAAAUUAAAUGUAAGAUUUAAACAAGUUUACAUAAGCGUAAAUGUUCUUAUUAUAAUCCUUCAAAUCACAAUAACAAAAUGUUAAAUGUAUAUUUGUUAAAUUUGUACAGGGAAGCAACCAGUUUUGUAGUUCAAAAGUCUGAACACAUAAGAAAUGUAUUUUCGCAUUGUAAAUUAAUAUACACGGUUAGUUUUAACGAAUUAAUAUUUUAAUAUUGGAGCAUAAUAAAUGUUGACCCGUGUUAAGGGAGUAAUUAGUGUACACCUAAAUGUUUAGAGUAAAUUUUUAAUGUGAUAUAAAUACACUACACUGUUGCAAUCCUUGAAUUUGGAGAUUCUAAAAUUACGUUACUUUACAUGGUUUUCGGUGGUUCGUUCCUAAUCGUUUCUUUCUCUAAAAUAUUAGCGUUGUUCAUUAGAAUUUGCUCAAUCGUGUUUGUUAACGAUAUAGCGGUUUCUAACACAAACGCUUCUUUAACCUAAACCUAUAAUAUCACAUUCUGAUUAUUGUCUUUCCCAAGUGCAAAUCAAUUUGGAAAGACUGUUAUGUCAAAUAACAUUAUAGAAAUAGACAAGAAUAUUAUUUUUCUACCAAAAUAUAAUAUCUCACAGUUACCUAUCACUAUUCACCGACCAAAUUGUCCAAUAAUAAACGUUUUACAUACACUACGUAAAGUCCAAUAUAUAGACAUAGUCUUAUUGAAAAUUUUGCACAAAAAGAAAGUGUUUGUUUAGGUCGAUGGUUGAAGCUUGUACUGUAAGUAUCUUUACUGAGUUUCUCAGCCAAUAUCUAUGGAAGUUUUAAAGUUGUAUUAUUGUGAAUGGUAUGAUAACUUGCACAUACAUAUUUUAUUAAGUCUCGAAGGACAAAUUAAAUGGAACAUUACCAAGACGUUUCGUUUUGCAAUCGGAUUUACCAAAAAGUGGUACGCAGGCAGGACAAAAACGGUUUUGAGCAAAUAAUCGCUAGUUUGUCUUCGCCAAUUUUGUUGAUGUUUCGAAUAGUUGAAAGUUAUUGUUGUUACGUCGACAUAAAUUUAUAACAGUGUUAAUGGCCGAAAAAGGCCAAGGGCUGCUGCAUUAGCACUCUAUUCGAUUUGUCCUUUGUGGACUGACUUUAUCGUGUAUAUUUCAACAGUAAGCUGGUAUUUGGGAGCAUUAUUUCCGAGGUUGUGAGCUUUGCUAUCGGGAAUGAGUUCGACUUUAAUGAAUUAAUAUUUAAUAUUAUUUUGACGCACAACUGUGUUGUGUGUUAUUGUAAAAAGAGUUUGCUUGGUUUGUUUUGUAGAUAUACCCACUUAUGUGUAUGUUUUACCUGUAUUUAUCUUGCUGUGUGCCAAUAGCAAAGGGCUGUACAGUUUUCCUUUUAGAGUGGUUAAUACAUUGCAUUUAAUUAAAAUGUAGUUAUAAGUAUAAAAUGUUGUUAUUUUAUCUUAAAUGUCUUUUAUAGGGUACGAAAUUUGUUGGCUGUCAUGGGUCAAAAUUUUAAAAAUCUAAGAUUUGUGUUAGUUUUCUAGUAUCGUUAUCGAUUGAUAGCUUCUUUGGAUUUGAAAAUUACGUCGUAUCCUUAAGACGUUUGAGGUGAAAUUCGUUUUAAAGUCGCUGAUUUCGCCUGUAUCGAGAUCCUCGUCCUUUGUCUAUUUGCUAUUGCAUCACAGCGUAUUGUGGACAACCCAAAUAGUGUAGGAUUAUAAAUACAUAUCCUUAUUGAAUACUCAAGUCGAUUUCGCAUUAUUUUCUCUUGUAACAUCAGUUGUGCAAUAUAUAUAAUAAAUGCUUAGGUAGGUAGGUAUUAGGUAUAUUUUCGUUUGAAUUUACAAAGAAUGCAAAAAUCUGUUGUAUUUUAUCGAUAUUUUUACUGAUAACAAUGAGAGACGGCUGACGGUAUUUCGACGGUGUCUCUCAGGAAUUUAAGUCAUAAUUGUGUAAUUAUUUUGUAAGCUAAGGCCGGGCCAAAUAUUGCAUUAAAUAGGUCUUACGGCGCCUGUAUUCUCUGUGUUGAGGCAGCCAUAUCUGCCCUAUUGUAUAAAGUGAAUGAUGAAACAUCUCAGUGGCUGAAUGAAACAUAAUGUUAAUCGACAGUGUUAGAAAAUUGUUAUAAAUUAUUUUGAUGACUGUUCGAAGGAUAAUAAAGAGUUGGAUGUCAA